AUGAUUGAAAUACAACCACUACAUAACAUGCUAAUCAACAGCAAAAAAGGAGUACCUGCUAUACUUCAGGUGCUGCCUCAUUUCAGAUCAUAUAACGGUGCUAUGGUACGUAAUUUGUGUAAAAUCUUCUUAUUUAGAUUCGCCAAGAACUCAGCGAUGAGUAAAAUUUGUCUCAUAAUGGGACGACUUUCCAGAAAAGGCGUUAAGAAACUACCUGUAGUCAUGCCAUUAGAAGUAGAGGAAGAGUUGGCUUCCCCAUUGAUUCGUUUCAUUCCUGACUCACCUUCGGCUUUGGCUGAACAGCUAGCCAUAUAUGCUGCCUACGACAUUGAAAACUUCCAGAAGGUACCCCCCCACUUGAUUAACCAAGGAGAAUCGUUUAUGAUUUAUGCAGAGGGACAGAUUAUUUUGCUUGGUACAUGUUCGGUUCAAGCGAUUGAUACAUUUGUUAAAUUUUUUAAUGUUUUCAAUUAUAAGGUGCCGAGUUCUUUGGUUAAGCUCGUGGAACUAAUUGAAAUAAUUAGUUAUAAAUGUUGUACCUUCAUUCCGCAGCAACCAAUUGCGCACCCAAGUGCGAUACUUCUCCCCGUCGGACGGAAUUUCCCGGCAAUUGCCAACCGGCCGGAAGCGGACAGAUCCGCAAUCACAUCGGUCCGAGGAGGCUCGGGACCUCCACGUGGACAGGAUCCACACGCCGGCUCGUCAUCAAAACCGGCACGGCAUAGUAACCGCUAUCGUAUAGACGUGUGA